AAAAUGCCCGAGGGACCCGAGCUCCACCUGGCCAGCCUGUACGUGAACAAGAUGUGUGAUGGAGUGGUGUUCUGUGGACCGGUCGUAAAAUCUGAAGUUGUGAAGACAAACAAGACAGACAGGAUAUUUGCUGACAAAGUCAGCAAAUUUCCCGAUGUGCCCUUCACCUGUGAGGCAUAUCGCAUCACAGCCACUUCCAGAGGAAAGGAAGUGAAGCUCACACUGACGCCCAUCAAGAGUGAUGACGCCCCAAAGCGGGGAGCAAAGGCAAGACAAGCGGAUCGACCCAUGGAUGUAGUCUUUCGCUUUGGGAUGUCUGGUUAUUUCCGGUUCACCGGGGAGGAUGAGCUGCCCAAGCACGCUCAUCUGCGUUUCUACUCUAAAGAGAAGCCCUGCAGAGUGCUGAGCUUUGUGGACACACGCAGGUUUGGCAGCUGGGAGCCCUGUGGAACCUGGCAACCUGACAGAGGGCCCUGCAUCAUGUUUGAGUAUCAAAGUUUCAGGGAGAAUGUCUUGUCACACCUAAGUGAUCGAACUUUUGACCGACCGAUUUGUGAAGUCCUGCUGAAUCAAAAGUACUUCAACGGUAUUGGCAACUACCUGAGAGCUGAAAUCCUUUACAGGUUGAGUAUUCCACCCUUUGUGUGUGCCCGUAGCAUACUGGAAGGCCUUGAGCCAGAUGAUCCACUUGAGAAUGAAAAGCCAUUGAAAAAGGAGUUCACACAGAUGGCUCAAAUGAAAGAUAUGAAACGGGAAACUGGUGACCUGCUCAGGCUCUGUCACACUGUACCACUGGAGGUGGUCAACUUAGGUGGUAAAGGUUAUGACCCUGAGAAGGCAGACUACUCUGGCUUUGAGGCAUGGCUGCAGUGUUAUUAUGUGGAUGGAAUGAAAACUCUCCGGGACCACAAUGGCAGAACAGUAUGGUUUAAAGGAGAUCCGGGCCCCAUGGCUCCCAGUGGUUCAAAGUCACCGAAGGCCAAAAAGAGAACAAAGAAAGCGGACGACCACGACUACAGUCAAGAAAAAGCAGUCACGAGUCACUCUGAAAGCACAACAAAGAAAAAGGUCAAAAAGGAAACGCCAAAAAAAGAAAACGCCUUCAGACUAAAGGAAGUUGUAUCGAAGAGAGGAAAGGCUGAAAACACCCAGGAAGUUAGACUCCCGAGCGGAACAAGAUCAAGUUCACGUACGAGGAAGAGCAUCCGCGCAGAACCAACUGAAGGUCAGAAGAGACGAACUGGACGAGUGACCAGAAAAGACAGCAAAUAAAGACAAACUACAAAAUAGUAUAUUACCUUUAAACAUUUUUAAUAACGUAUUUUUUUAACCACAAAACCUGUCAUAGAA